UCACCGAACAAAUACUCGCUGGUAUAAUUACGGCCUCAAAUAACGUUACAUAUAAUUUAUAUGAAUACCGCAACGAGCUGCAUGGCUAACUGUUUGACUUGACAUCCCGAGUGUUUAACAUUAUUUUAGAAAUCGCUAGUUUGUGGUCCAGUAUUGUCAUAAUAAAAAAAUGUUUCAGUCCAACGAUGAAUAUGAGCAAUGUCCGUAUGACAAAUCUCAUACGAUUUUGAAAACAAGGUUUCAUGUACACUUGGGACGUUGCAGGAAGAACCACAGAAAUCUUCAAAUGGUGACAUGUCCUUUUAAUGUAACUCAUGUAUUAUUCAAACCGGAACUGGAUUGGCACGUGAAACAAUGUCCUGACCGGGCAACCUUUGAGUUGCAAAAGUACCAGGAGGAACUGGCUGUGACGGGAAACUUUGGUGCACCUAGCACAUCGGCGCAAGCUGCUGCGCCAGUGGAACAAAUACCGUUGCAUACAGAAGAAAACUGGGAUGACUUGCCGCCUUCGUCCACGUAUAAUCCACAAGCAUAUGCGGCAAAUGCACCGGUGCUUAGAACAUUACAAGGCGAAUCAAAAUCUGUCAAAAGAAAAUUCCGUGCGAGAGAACGACUCCGCUUAUUGGGUAUUGACGAUGAUGGAUGGAACGAUAAUUAAUAUAAAUAUGUAAUGUCAAAAACACUUUUUACCUUAAUAGGUAAAAAAUUGUAACAAAAUGUGUGUAAUUACGAACAUCUUAACUUUUGUAUCGUGAUAUUUUUAACUAUAAAGUGAUUCUUUAAUUUGUGAAUUGUGUGCUUGCUGUUAGUGAAGCUUACACUUUUUAAAAAUAUUUGGAUUAUUGAUGUUUAUUGUUCAUAUUUGUACCCGUGAUUGUACAUAAAUUAAUUUGAUGUUAGAACUUGUUAUGCAGCCGAAAGCAUGUCAAUAUUUUAAUUGAUUACAGACUUAAAAAAUAUAUUUUUAUAAAGCAGAUCGGUAAAACCAGUAAAUAAAAUAUUUUCUUCAUUCGUUAGU